UCCUUUCCUUUCCUUCUUAUCCCCCUCCCAACAUUAUUCUGCGGUGCCAGUGCCCUGCUUUCGCAAGCCCCCAGUUUUAGGGCUUUGCUAAUGUUUUUCCCUUGAAAAUUAAGGGAUAUUAUUUUUGGGCGAUACAUAUUGAGUGAACAUCAGUGUCUUCGAUUUUUCACUCAAUGGAGGGCACGGCCAGUGUAGCCACUGCCACCGCCACUCGGGGCUCUUCUUUCCAGAUGCCAUUGUCCCGGCAGGAGUGGCGCGCUGUUGCGGAGCAUCAUCUAGCUGGAAACCCAGACGACAAGGAGUUAGAACAAAGAAAGUUGGGGCAAUCAGAUGAAAGAACCAUAUAUGAGGUGCAGCAAGGAAGACAGCCCCUUGAUGUUGAUUUCUGUUCGGUGACAGUGGAUGGGACAUUAGACAAUGAUAUAUUGCAGCAACGAAUUCAGGAUGUUGCUAGACAAAGGGAGGAGUUAGAACGCAUCGAGGUUGAGAUUAGAGCUCAAAUGAUUGCAAGAACUGAGAUAAUUGAAAUGCAAAAUAGCUUUGAUGCUCAACUCAAGGAACAUUCUAAUGCUGCCUGCAAGCUUCAGGAGCAACUCCGUGAAAGGGAUCAUACAGUACAUGAGCUGGAAAGGAAAAUUGAAGAGAAAGACAGAGAACUGCAUGCUAUUAAAUUAGACAAUGAAGCGGCCUGGGCGAAACAGGACCUUCUCCGGGAGCAAAACAAAGAACUUGCAACUUUCAGAAUGGAGCGUGAUCACUCAGAAGCUGAACGAGCACAGCAUUUACAACAAAUACAUGAUCUUCAAGAACUUAUUCAAGAAAAAGAGAGGCAGCUGAUGGAAUUGAAGGAACAGCACAGGGUUGCUCAGGAGACCAUUAUGUACAAAGAUGAGCAAUUGAGAGAGGCUCAUGCGUGGAUUGCUCGUGUUCGUGAGGUUGAUGCUUAUCAAGCAACAACAAACCAGACAUUACAGGCUGAAUUGCGAGAACGGACAGAGCAAUAUAACCAACUCUGGAUGGGUUAUCAAAGACAGUUUGCCGAUAUGGAGAGACUUCAUUUACAUGCCAUACAGCAACUUCAACUUGAGCUGGUCGAGGCAAGAGAGAGGAGUGGAACUUACAAUGAGAAGAAUUCAUCUCAGUUUGGACAAGAUAAUGGAAGCCAAUUUGGUGUAAAUGGAAGCAGCACCUCUAAUGGAAAUAAUGGCCUUCUUGCAAAUGAGAAUUCGGAUAGUGUUCAACCUUUUGCAUCUAAUGGAAAUGCAGCAAUUCAGAUCGAUCAUGUUCCUGGUGUCCCUAUUGCCCCAUCAUCUCUCCUCGGGAUGCCUUCCUACCUCCCACCUGGUCAAGUAGCUGCAUUGCAUCCAUUUGUCAUGCAUCAGCAAGGAGUGUCCCACUCAGUUGCUCCACAGGUUGGACAUUUUCACUCAGUACAGGCAAUAUCACCUAUGCAACAGUGGCAGAACCAACAGGAUGUAUCAGAGGGUUCACAAGCAUCCAUACAGGAUGAUCCUGCCUCAUCUCAAGCUGAUCAGAAUUCCAUGAGAUUGGAUGCGAAGUAUAAUUAUGAGAAUUCUAUUGAUGGACAAGUUCUUGGAAACUAUCUGGAUGUUCACAUCCGCCAAGGGGAGGAACCACAAACUAUGAUUACAUCAUCUACUGGGGAAACACAGUCAGUUGACAAAGAUCAACCUGUAGCUUCGCAACCAGACCAGAGCCUAAAUCAAAUUUCUUCCCAUUUCCAUAGCGCCUUAAGAUUGAAUUCUUUUGAACAGAAUAGAGAAAUCAAGGAUGAGAAUGCAGUGGCUUCCACAAAUUGUGGACCAGGGGACCAAUUUUUAAUGGCAGAGCAAACGAACUCUGCUGCAACUGCAUCAUCCCACACAGUCCAUUUAGUUAAACAAAGUGAAAUGGCAACAAAUGUUUCUGCUGAUUCAGUCUUGCCUGAAGCAUAUGUCCCAACUGGGCAGACAAAUUUGACAGAAAUUAUAAGGACUUCUGAGGUUACUCUUCUUGAUGAAAGGACGCUAUUAGCUUGUAUUGUACGUACUAUUCCUGCUGGUGGACGAAUUCGAAUUAGUUCAACGCUUCCUAACAGAUUGGGCAAGAUGCUUGCACCUCUACACUGGCAUGAUUACAAGAGAAAGUAUGGAAAGCUUGAUGAUUUUGUGGCCAGCCAUCCUGAGUUAUUUAUGAUUGAGGGUGAUUAUAUUCAGCUUCGUGAAGGAGCACAGAAAAUGGUAGUGGCAACUGCAGCUGUUGCCAAAGUUGCCGCAGCGGCUGCAUCAUCAUCAUCUUCUUAUUCUUCAUAUUUGCCCACUGUAGCAGUUACGCCAAUGGCUCAGUCUCAUCGCCUGAAGAAAGGUCCUUCAAUUGAUCCCAAGAAUGUUAAAACCGACAUAUCUGUGAAGGACUUUGCUGUCAUUUCUUCAAAUCCAACUGAUGAAGCCCUAAAGCACCAACAAACAAAUGGUGUGAGUGUCAGUGUUACUCGUGGGCUUGCAAAUGCAAAAAUUUUGAGUAAAUCUAAGGAUUCUCAGAACGUGGAUGGCCCUGAAAAUUGGUCUGUGCUGUCUUCUGUACUUUCAACUGGUGGCAAUAGGGGAAGCCUUGACAGAUCAAGUGUGAGCAGUGCCCAAAAUUCAGGCCCUCCAAACGGGAGGACAACAAUGUUCUCGGCUGUGAAACAGCAGACCAGGUCUGUUGCUGGGCAAGCUUCUCUAAGAUAGCGAGUUGUCUUACUUUAAUGCUAGAUUGAAACAGAGUGGCAAGUUAUCCUUUUGAUAUACCAAGGGAGUUUGCAUAUAGAAAGAGUGAUGAUUGUGGGGUUCGCGGGAGAUUGUUUCUAAAGAAUUUACAUGCAAUCUUCUGCGUCCUGAGCAAUUGUGAUUUAAAUUAAUUGUCAUUGCUUUGCUCAUUUUUUUCUGGGGUUAAUUUUUCACUCCCUGCUGUUUCGAAUUGUUAAACUUACAUCAAUAUGCUGGUCUCAUUCGCAAUCCCUUUCUGUGCAUUUGCGUCUGAUAGUUCGCGGCCUUUUGGUUUGUGACUGCUUAAAAGUAUCAAAGCAUAGUCAAUGUUUUCAGUUUGCAA